AUGGAUGAGAUUCUUCGUCUCGUUGAGAAUCUGCCAUCGAUCCCUGUAGAUGCAGACAACAUAAAAGUUAUUGAAACCCCUGAACAAUUCUACAAUACGUUAAUUGCAAAAACGUCUGUAAAUAAUUUUUUCUUGAAGAAUUUAACCAAAAGUGCGCGCAAACGAAUCGCAUUAUCGACGUUGUAUUUGGGCAAUGGAAAACUGGAAGAGAACUUGAUCGAUGAGUUAGAUAAAGCUUUGGAUCGAUGUCCUGGAAUGGAAUUGAAUAUUUUAUUGGACUAUCUGAGAGGCACUCGAGAUGGUGAGAAAAGUUCUGCAGCAAUCUUAAGAAGAUUGCUACCUCGAGCUCGAAUACAUCUCUUCCAUACGCCUUAUUUAAGAGGCAUUCUGAAGAGUAUUAUACCACAAAGAACAAAUGAAGUCGUUGGUUUGCAGCAUAUGAAACUGUACAUCUUCGAUGAUAGUAUCGUCAUCAGUGGAGCGAAUCUGUCCGAAUCGUACUUCACUAAUCGUCAAGAUCGUUACAUAUUAAUAGAGAACGUCCCUGAACUGGCACAAUUUUGGGUUGGUAUUAUUGAUGCGGUUUGCUCGUGCUCAUUUAAGUUACAACCCGAUGGAGGUAUUGAUACGAGUGAGAGGUGUGCUAUACAUCCUUUUAAAGGAGCACUUAAAGAAUAUGAAAAUCAACUGAGGGCACGACUCUUUGAAGUAUUGAAAUGUGAAGGAAAGAAGAAUGUUAACAAAAUUGAAUCAGAUACGAGGAUUUAUCCAUUAAUACAGAUGGGGAUGUUCCGAGUGAAUCAAGAAUACGAUUUUUUGAAGGAGUUAUUUGCCAGUCAGGACACCUCAUCAAAAAUCAUUUUGACGUCGGGAUAUUUCAACUUGAUUGGUGAUUAUGAGCAUUUGAUAACUAAGAGAGGUAAAUACUCGAUGGAUGUUAUUUAUGCAUCACCUCAGGCGAAUGGUUUCUACAAAGGUUCAGGCCUAUCCGGAUAUAUACCGUCGUUAUACGUUCUUGUGUCAGAAACAUUCUUCGGUAUUAAACGACAACAAGUAGAAUUGUUUGAAUACGAACGUGAUGGAUGGACAUACCACGCUAAAGGAUUAUGGGUCCAAUCCACAAAAUCACCUUUCUGCGCAACUUUGGUGGGAUCGUCGAAUUAUGGUCAGGAACAUGUUCGUUUAUUGGAAUGGAGUGGUUGGGUGGAGGCGAGUACGUUCUUACGGCCCGAUCAUAUGGUACCGCGAUGGGAUAAAAUGAGUCACCGGCGUUAUAAUCCACUGCGAGAUGAAUGGGUCAUUGUGGCUGCGAAUCGUUUACAAAGACCCUGGCAAGGAGCAACCGAAAGUGGAUCGGGCUCGGGUUUCAUGCCAUCUACAACAGUGAACCCGUUGGCACCAGGUGGUCAUCGAGCCAACGGCCAGAUAACCCCGCACUACACAUCUACUUUUGUAUUCCAAAACGAUUUUCCAGCACUUAGGGAUAAUGCAGAUGAGGAAUAUUCUGAAGGGAUCGCAAAUCAGUUAUAUCGAUCACAUUCGAUUAAAGGAACGUGCAGAGUGAUGUGCUAUCAUCCAAACAGUGACCUAUCGAUGGCACAAAUGUCGCACGAACAACUUGAGGCUGUAAUUGAUAUGUGGAUAGAACAAAUGAAUGAACUCGAGAAGAAAUAUGAAUGGAUUCAGAUUUUUGAGAAUCGAGGAGCUCUGGUAGGGUGCUCGAAUGCACAUCCGCAUGGCCAGCUAUGGGCUAGUGAUUAUCUGCCGACUUAUCCGGCAAAAGAAUACUCCACCCAGAAGACAUAUCACCAACAGACCGGUAAGAUAAUGCUGAUGGAAGUCGUUGAAGAAGAGUUACGGAAACGAGAACGUUUGGUAGUUGAAAAUGAUGAAUGGAUAGUAGUGGUACCUUUCUGGGCAACAUGGCCUUUCGAAACACUCUUACUGCCAAUAAAACACAGCACUUCACUGAAUAAAAUAUCUAAGGAACAAAAACGUUGUCUGGCUGAUAUAAUGAAGAAAUUGGUAAUCAAAUAUGAUAACUUGUUUAAGUGUGCGUUUCCGUUUAGUAUGGGAUGGAAAUCGGCGCCAACAGGUCGAUUUCUGUCGGAAAAUCGAGACUUUUGGACUCUGCACGCUGUCUAUUUACCGCCUCUGCUGCGGUCAGCCUCGGUCAAGAAAUUUAUCGCUGGAUAUGAAUUGGUCGCUGAACCGCAACGCGAUAUUCUGCCCGAAAAGGCAGCUGAGAUGUUACGAGAGCAGAAUGAAUCGGUGCAUUUCACAGAACACAUUCAGUCAAGGUCGACUCCAAUUUCAUCCUAA